AUGCUUUGCUCAAUCGAAGUGAUAAGUGGCAAGUAUAUUCGUAGCUAUACUCAUGAUAUAAAUGAGAAUGAAGUUUUAUUGCUUCCGGGGACUCAUUUACGUGUUAAAAAAAUCGAUUAUGGUUCUUCUGUUGGCCCAAGUGUUAUACAUCUAGUAGAAAUUCCUAAUGAAAAUCGUAACAAGUCGGCAUCCGUUCAUAAUCCUAUAUCUUCAACAAACAAAUCAGUUGAGAAUGCUUCAGAUAGAGACGAGGUUCAAAGGAACAUAGAGUCUUCGAUCAUUACAUUUUCGAACGAUAAUCGUUACGAAGUAACGUACAAGAAAGGUGAAAAACAAGGAUAUCGUAAAUUAUAUACAGUCAAUGGAGAGAUCUACGAGGACCGCUCUGCUGACGCGAAAGCAAGUGGAGAUGGAGUUCGUAUUUGUUCAAAUGGUGAUCGUUAUGAAGGAGAUUUCAUGAAUGGUAAGAUGCAUGGAUAUGGUAGUCUCUCUUGUGCUAAUGGUUAUACAUAUAUAGGUUAUUGGAUAGCUGAUAAACCUUAUGGUGAUGGAACAAGCACCUGGCCGAAUGGAAAUCAUUACGAAGGCUUUCAUGAAAGUGGCAAAAUACACCAUUAUGGCACAUAUUGUUCUGUGAAGGGAGACAAAUAUGAAGGCAAUUUCAUUGAUGGAAAGGCGCAUGGAAAAGGUUUACGCAUUUGGGCGGAUGGUGAUCAAUAUGAAGGCGAAUUCAAAGAUGAUAAAAAACAUGGAUAUGGAACGUACACUUAUGCAAAUGGUGGUAAAUAUAAAGGACAUUGGACCAAUGAUGAAAUGAAUGGUAUAGGAGUACUUAAAUGGCCUAGUGGAAGUUAUUAUGAAGGAUCAUUUAAAAAUGGAAAAAGACAUGGCAUAGGCAAGUUGACCUUUGUUAAUGGUAGAGUUCAAGAUGGUACUUGGGAAAACGACAAAUUUAUUGGUUAG